GUCAGGUUGAGCUGGUUCAGGUGCAACAGCAGCAGUUAAAUACGGAGACUACGUAACUUUUAGAAAAAUAUAGAUGUUGAAAAGGUUUUCGUUGAUUUUUAAUGGUCGAAAUUGUUUUUCUUUUGCAUAGCACGGGUUUGAGCGGAAUUUGUGAGCUUGGAGAGAAAAGAAAUCCCCACACGGUCACAGAAGGUUUAUAGUUAGAAGAGUGGAAAUGUCGGGGCGAAUAUACGACAGCCCACCUCCCUACCAUUCCGGGAGCGAGUACCACCACGGUUCUGUCUAUGCACCAAGCAAGGAUCUAUAUGAUGGAGAGAUCCGAUCCCAGCCUGCUGGUUCCUAUUAUCCAGAUGAAACACAGUACUUCUACAAAUGGUCUUCCCCUCCAGGAAUUAUCAAAAUUUUAGCAGUCCUUAUCAUUGUGAUGAGCAUCGGAAUCUUUGCGUGUGUGGCAUCAACUUUACCCUGGGACAUGGACUAUUAUGGAGGAGGGAUGGGGGUAGGGAAUGGCAUGGGAUAUGGUGGAUAUGGAGGAUACGGGGGUGUUGGUGCAGGCUACGGAUCUGGUACAGGUUAUGGAUACGGUGCUGGAGUUGGAGCAUAUGGAUAUGGAGGUGGCUACACUGAUCCACGGGCUGCCAAAGGCUUCAUGAUCGCACUAGCUGCUGUCAGCUUUAUAGGACUUUUGGUUGUCUUUAUCGUACUCGUUUCUAAGGCCAGGCUUUCGAGAACAAGGAAGUUUUAUUUAAUUCUGAUGAUUUUGUGUGCAGUCAUUGGUUUUAUAAUGUUUGUGGCUACAAUAGUCUACAUCAUGGGAGUAAAUCCAACAGCGCAGGCUGCAGGAUCAGUAUUCUACAAUCAGUUACUGACUCUCUGCAACCAGUUCUAUAUCCCAUCUACCACUGGUGUCUUCACAAAUCAAUAUCUCUAUCACUACUGUGUGGUAGAACCACAAGAGGCCCUUGCAAUUGUGAUGGGAUUCCUGAUUGUAAUAGCUUUAGGUCUAAUCAUCUUCUUUGCCUUUAAAACACGAAGCAAGAUCAUGAGAUAUGGUAAAGAAAGCGUCCUGUGGGAUAAGAGUCAUAUGCAGGAUGAGACACCUCCUAAUGUCGAAGAGUGGGUAAAUAAUGUGUCUGGGGUUCCUGAGGAGCUAACACAAGAUGGAUAUCCUUACAAACCUAAUGGUUCCCUGUAUGACCCAGACUAUGAGCCCAACAGAGAAAACAGAACACAGCCUAAUGAUGUCCGACCUACUCACAUUCCUGAAGUUUCGGUUCCACUAAUGCAUGAGCGGCCAACUCAACAUACAUCCAGCAGAGAAUCUGAUGAAAGCAAGCCUUCUUCACAGAGGAAGCCACCUAGGAAGAGGAGGCCGGGUAGAGCAAAAAGACUAGAGAAUGAGGACUACGAAACAGAUUAUACAACUGGUGCAGAAUCCUGUGAUGAACUGGAUGAUGAUGAUUUGGAAAGUCAAUACCCACCAAUCACCUCAGAUCAGCAGAGACAAAAUUAUAAGAGGGAGUUUGACAAUGAUCAUCAGCAAUACAAGCGUCUACAGGCUGAACUGGAUGAAAUCAACAAACAGUUUUCACAGUUGGACAAGCAGAUUGAUGAAACUGAGGAUGACGAGCAGUACCAGGCUGUUGCUGCUGAAUAUAAUAGUCUAAGGGAAGUGAAGAAUUCUGCUGAUUAUCAGGAGAAGAAGAAGCUUUGCAAGCAGCUUAAGAUGAAAUUGUCUCACAUCAAACAAAUGGUCAGCAACUAUGACAGCCAGAGAUCCUGAAUGCCAAAUUCUGCAGCUACUGUCACAGUUUCACUGGAAAUUAAAACUGAGCAUUUAUUUCCCUGCAGGGUGGCCAUUUAUUGUAUCACAUGAAAUGUAAUGCCAGAAGUUUUAUGGGCCAAAAAAAAACAAUUGCGUGGUUUAAAUGUUUUCCUACAGAGUAUCCCCUGAUAGGUUUUAAAACAUUUUUUCUCUUACUGAGGCAGAGAGAGAGUUUUUAAACAAUUAGAACUUGGUAAACUUUUGUUAUAAUUUGAAUUGUUUGAUGGAAAACAUUUUUAAUGUGAUUUGUAAAUAGGACAAAAGAUCUACUUUGCAUAAGGCAUUUGAAAUGAUUAUUGGUACUUAGGUCUACUAAAGCUCCAUACAUCCAGCUUAAAUAGAACACAUUAUAUGUAGAUGUAUAAAAACAAAAAAACUGCAGAUGCUGGAAAUCCAAAACAAAAACAGAAUUACUUGGAAAAACUCAGCAGGUCUGGCAGCAUCGGCGGAGAAGAAAAGAGUUGACGUUUCUAGUCCUCAUGACCCUUCGACAGAACUAUGUUCAUUUUGUUAUGUGCAAUGAUUAUUUCUCAUUGUGAGGGAUUUGCCUAAAUCAUCAGGGCUGAUUCUCUGACCAAGUUUUUGAUGCUAUUUAGUCACAUAAAUAGCAUUAAUAUUGUUCUUAAACAUCUCAUUCUGUAAAUAUUGAAAUUGGAAGAAAUACUAUAGACUGUUACCAAUAAUGCAUCAGAAAUAAUCUAUUCAGGUAACAUCUGUUGAUGUGAGUCAACAAAAGUUGAAGCUCAGUUGUGGUUUUAUAUAUAUGUAUAAGUUUUAAGAUUAUGUAAAUGUUCAGAUAUGUAAAAAUGUUUUAACUAUGUUUUAAUACUGGACAACUAAUCAGGGAUUUUUUGGCAAUAUAAUUAGAAGAUGGGUACUGAUGGGUAAUGUUAUAAUAGCCUACCUUUUAUACCAUAUCCAGGGUAAAUAACUGAAAGGAAAUACAGCUGAAACUUGGAUGCAAGUUAUUUUUUUUAUUGUUGGACAAAUUCAAUAUUUUGUUUCCAUAAUAAGUACAUAUCUUUGUUUAAUGUUACAUUACAAGGAGUUUUGCUGUAUUUUCAAGAUACUUAAGAUAAAUUUGCAGAAUGUCUUAGUGAAACCUCUGAAUAUAAAAAAAACGUCUCAUUUUAAUAGUUGCCUGCUCUGUUUACAUAUACCAGGAUGAAUUCUUAAAAUUAGUUUGUUUUAUCUUUUGCUAAAAUUUGGCAAUAUGCAUUUUUAAAUUUUUUUAAAAUCCUCUGUAACCAUUAAAUAAAUACUCCAAUGGUUUGAUCACAAA